AUGAUGCUUGAACGCUACAAAAGAAAAUCAUUUUUGGACCAAAUCAUUACUUGCGCUGAAAAAUGGAUCCAUAACAAUAACCCGAAGCGUAAGGGAUCGCAUGUUAAGCCCGUCCAACCAGCCGAAUCGACACCAAAGCCAAAUAUCCAUGGCGCUAAGGAUUUAAGUGUAACUUUAUACAAUUUCAGAACCAACUCUGACUGGGAAGACGUCUGGCAUAGUGAGGCACACUCGCGCUGUCGCGACAAACUAGUGCGCCAGCUGUAUUGGGCUUGUGAAAAGGACAUUUAUAGAUUGACACGACGUAAUCGCAAACGUACCGAUGAAACGUUCAAUAAACGUAGCAAAUCUCAUUCAUUUCUACCCAAGUGGCUGGAGCCCAACUUUGCCCAAACACUGUUAAGGACACGUCGCUCAAAUGCUCAUUCAAUUACCACUGAAUGCUGCACCAAAACUGGCUGUACUUGGGAAGAGUAUGCUGAAUAUUGUCCCUCGAAUAAAAGACGUAAUCAUUAUUGAAGAUGUGACGGGCAGGAG